AUGGAUCCCAAUAAUCAUUUUAACACUCAAAAUUCUGCUAAUUUUCCAUUUAACCAAAAUCCCAACAAUUUUCAAAAUCCCAACAAUUAUCAAAAUCCCAACUAUUAUCAAAAUCCAAAUCAAUUUUCCAACCAACAUCCUCAAAACAUACCUAAUUUUGGUUUUCCACCAAAUUUCAACCAGUCAUCCUCUGUUCCAAACUUUCAACCAUAUUAUGGAUCUAUGCCGAGAAAUCCAUCUCAAACACCCCCGUUUAAUGGUUAUGUGACAAUGGCGAAUGCAAAUUUUCCAAGUGGUGGUGUACCUGAAUUUCCCGAGUUUUCAACACAACUAACUAUUGGUGGCAUUAUAGUUUCUAAUGAAGUCGCUCCAAAUUCAGAGGAUUCAACUCCUAAGAGCAGGAAAACUCAGCAACCAGCAUGGAACAUUGAACAAAAUUUGGUGCUAAUUAGUGGGUGGAUUAAAUUUGGAACAAGCAGUGUUGUCGGGAGAAACCAGAAAGGUGAAACAUAUUGGGGUAAAAUUGCUGAGUAUUGUAUUGAAUUCUGUAAAGGAAUCAUACGCUUGUACGAGCAAGUGUAUUUGAGAGCACCAACCCAAGAUGACCUGCAAAGAAUACUGCAUGUUAGUGAAAUGCGGGGGUUCCCAGGGAUGAUUGGGAGUAUUGACUGCAUGCACUGGGAGUGGAAAAAUUGUCCUAAAGCAUGGGAAGGAAAAUUUACUAGAGGGGAUAAGGGAACCACCACGGUUAUUCUUGAAGCAGUUGCAUCUCAUGACCUAUGGAUCUGGCAUGGAAAGGCUCCAAGUGUGAAUUUCUUUGUGAAUCAACGUCCAUAUAAUAUGGCAUACUAUCUAGCUGAUGGUAUCUACCCUUCUUAUCCAACUUUCGUCAAAUCGAUUAGACUUCCUCAAAGUGAACCCGAUAAAUUAUUUGCAAAAUUUCAGGAGGGAUAUCGGAAGGACAUCGAACGUGCAUUUGGAGUGCUCCAAGCUCGAUUUAAAAUCAUCCGUGAACCAGCUCGCUUGUGGGACAUAGCUGAUUUGGGUAUCAUCAUGAGGUCAUGCAUCAUAUUACAUAAUAUGAUUGUUGAGGAUGAACGAGAUUCAUAUUCUCAACGUUGGGCCGAUUUUGAGCAAUCUGGGGAAAGUGGAUCUAGUGCACCACAACCAUACUCGACCGAGGUGUUACCCGCUUUUGCAAAUCAUGUGCGUGCUAGAUCAGAGUUCCGUGAUCCAAAUGUUCAUCAAGAAUUGCAAGCCGAUCUAGUGAAGCACAUAUGGACAAAGUUUGGAAUGUUCCGUGAUUGAAUUAUUUGUGUGUUGUAUUGCAUUUUAAAUUAUUUGUAUCGUACUAAUU